AUGUCGUACACAGACAAGGAGUCUCUUCUCGCCCUGGGCCAGAUGGACCCCGAGCUCAAAGCGUUUCUUGAGAAAGCCAAUCUGCCUCCGCCAGACUAUAGCAGUCUCGACGACUUCAAGGCGAUGGUGGACAAACGCAACGCUGACGCCAUGAAAAUCCUGGGCGAACCUCCCCCAGAAGUCAAGCAGACCGAGUUACAAUAUCCCGCUGAAGACGGCACCAAGCUGCGUGCAAAGCUCUAUCAACCCGCGAACCCACCCAAGAACGGAAGCCCCUUAAUCGUCAUGUACCAUGGUGGAGGAUUCUGUAUUGGAGCACCAGAGGGUGAGGAGCAGACAUGUCGCAACUUUGUCCAGGCCUUCGGUGCUGUCUGUAUCUCAGCCUCGUACCGCCUUGCUCCCCAGUUCAAAUUUCCAUAUGCCCCCAAAGACUCUUGGGACUGCCUAAAAUGGGCGGCGGCGAACGCAAAGUCCUGGGGCGCCGAUCCUUCACUCGGCUUUGUCAUUGGAGGAACUUCGGCCGGAGGUAAUAUAACGGCUGUCCUGGCUCAUGUCGCGCGAGACGAGAAAUUGUCGCCCCCUUUGACAGGCCAAUACCUCGCAAUCCCUGCGGUCCUGCCUGACAAGAAGGUCCCAAAGGCGUACCAGCAGUAUUUUCUGUCGUAUGAACAAAAUCGAAACGCACCUGUCCUGCCUGUUGCGGCGAUAGAUAUGUUCAUGCGGGGUUACGAGCCUGACGAGGACGAUGGUGUCUGGUACGCUCCCUUUAACCAUCCCAAGGGUCACAAAGAUCUGCCCCCUGCACUGUUCCAAAUUGACGGAAUGGACCCGCUGAGAGAUGAGGCGAUCAUCUAUGAGCGCGUCCUGCGGGAAGAAAAUGGGAUCAAGACCAAGAUGUAUAUCUACCCUGGGGAGCCGCAUGGGCAUUGGGGAUUCUUCCCUUUUUUGGAGGCAAGUCAAAAGUUUCGUCGGGAGCAGGUCGAGGGCAUGAGUUGGUUGUUAGGAAGAGAGGCCGAUUUCAGCAAGGUCAUCACCAAGGCUGUGGCUGCUGGUGUGUAA